GGCUGUCGCCGUGCGAUGCUGACACCUCUCAGGGGCGAUCGCGCUGUGUGCUCUGUCACAGGUUUCAGACAGACAGUGAGGAGGGUUAAAGCUCAACGUUCAGCCACACGUUCGCUGAUUUACUGACACCACCUACCUACUGGUCUACACAGCAGGUGGAUGAACGGGCUAAAGGGAUAGUUAGCGCAGAUAACAAGCGGCCAAAGAUCCGUGCUGUCAAACUCAGUCAACAUCUGAAGUCAGACAUGGGUGACAACAGGGAUGGAUUCAGAGUCAGUUAGGAGAUGACCUCCCUUCAGUAGCUGUCUGUGCUGGACAGCUGACCCUGGCAGCCCCUACAUGGCGUGCCCUGUCCAGUUCCUCUGUCGGGGGCUUCGCAACGUUGGAUUGGUUCUCCUCUACUAUAGCUUCUCUAUCGGCAUCACCUUCUACAACAAAUGGCUGAUGAGGGGUUUCCACUACCCCCUCUUCAUGACGUUGGUUCACCUCACCAUCAUCUUCUGCCUGUCGUCUCUGACGAGAAGGGCCAUGCAGUGCUGGACAGGGAAAUCCCGUGUUAUUCUGAGUUGGUCAGAUUACCUCAUAAAAGUGGCGCCCACUGCCUUGGCCACGGCACUGGAUAUUGGACUUUCCAACUGGAGUUUACUCUUUAUCACCAUUAGCUUGUACACCAUGACCAAGUCCACGGCAGUACUCUUUAUCCUGUUUUUCUCCUUGUUGUUCAAACUAGAGGAGCCGAACCCAUUCCUGAUCGUGGUGGUCCUGCUGAUCUCCAGCGGUCUGUUUAUGUUUACAUACGAGUCAACCCAGUUCAACCUGGAGGGGUUCGUCAUGGUGCUGCUGGCGUCCUUCAUAGGGGGGAUCCGCUGGACCCUCACCCAGCUCCUGAUGCAAAAGGCAGAGCUGGGCCUUCAGAACCCGAUAGACGCCAUGUACCACCUACAACCCCUCAUGUUCGUUGGCCUCUUUCCCCUCUUCCUGUUUAACGAAGGGCUGAGCCUCAGUACCUCAGAAAAGCUGUUCCGGGUGACAGAGCUUUCACCUCUCCUAUACUCACUCUUCACACUGAGUAUCGGCGGGUCGCUGGCCUUUGGUUUAGGCUUCUCUGAGUUCCUGCUCGUCUCCCGAACUUCCAGCCUUACUCUAUCAAUAUCAGGGAUCUUUAAGGAGGUGUGUACUCUGCUUUUAGCAUCAGCUCUGAUGGGAGACAAAAUGAGCUUGCUGAAUUGGCUUGGAUUCACUGUGUGCCUGUGUGGCAUUUCAUUACAUGUGGGACUCAAGACGUACUAUUCAAAAAAUAAGGUCCCAACGUUAAGGCAGCUGAACAGUCGAAGCCCAGAGCUUGAGUUGCCGUUGCUGCAGCAGAACAGAGACAAUGCAGAGGAUUCAGCCGCUGAUGGAUACAGCGACGAAGACGAGGAGCAAGAAAUCACUCUGCACUGACAUAGGAUAGGAGCCAAUGAAGUCUUGACUGCCAUCAUACCACACAUGGCUCUACAGCUCUCUCAUUACACACCAAAUAAGUGCUUCAGCACUUCCAAAAAACUGCUCUGGAGACACAGAUGGAACAGUCUCUCCAGCUCUUUACUCCUACUGAUCGUGUCUUCGGGCGGGAAUUAGCUGUACAUUAACUGUGGACUUUGAACGUGAGACAAGUUAUGAUGUUUUGCCUUAGGGGGGGCUUCUGAAAUGUAGCUAAUACAUGCAAGUGUCAAAGUAAGAUGUAUGGGGGAGGAGAGCUUUACAUUUUAGGUGAUAAUUUGACACCUUGAAUUGUAGUGGGUCAUUUUUCUUUGCUAUAGACUUGUCACACUGUGGGAAUAUCUUCUGACUUUGUUAUAUAUACCUAAAUACAUGUGUUUGGCACAUGUCCCUGCACAUAAUUAAUUGUUAGGUAAGUGAAGGCCAUUGUGAGAAUGUUCUAAUUCAAGCAUUUGGUUUGAGGAAGAAUCAACUAGAAUUUAGAGAACAUUGGUAUCACCGUGAUUAGGAAGUAGGAGGAGUAAAUCUGAAUAUGCAGGUUGUUUUCUUGACUAAUCAAAUAAUUCUUAGAAAAAAAAAACCUGACCUAAAGCCUUAAGGUUCAUCUUAAAACUCAACUCCUGUCACCACAUUUGAGAAACUUUUAACAUAGGGAAUGUUUAGUAUAUUUUUUUUGAAAAAGUGGCUCAAAUGUUUAAUUGAUUAUCUAAAAUUCAGAUUAGAUAUCCAUUGAUUGACUAAUUUGAUUUAUCAAGCCCACUCAAUGUUUACGUACAUUUUAAAAUAUGGCCGAUGUGACAGAUCCCUAAAAAGACACAAAGUCUUAAGAGUAAAAUAGACGCAUGCUGCAACAUAACAAAGGUUGGCUAGAUGUCAGGUCUGAUGGAAUGAAGUCCCAUUCAACAUGAAGCUAUAGUGUGUGUCCAAACACUGGCCCAUAUCACAAUGUAGUAAUUUUUAAUCAGAAUCUAACAGAACUAACAAAAAGUGCUGCAGGAUGUAAUGGAUCUCAGACAGUUGUACCAUUAUGUGCCUUUUUAAUGUCUUCAAAGAGCUAUUUUUAAAAUCUGUCAUGAUUUAAUUCUCAGUCAGUUUUAAGCCAUAUCAAUGUUGUUGUUUUUUUUCAUGAUUUUCUGUAAAAAUGCAGCAUUGUUGCAAUGAUGUGGAAAAAGAAGUCUAAAUUAUAUUUUUAAUUCCAGAAUAAAUGUGUAAGGGAAACCCA